CGGCAGUAAAACAAGAGAAGAAGAAGAAGAAGGAAGCCUGUUUAGCUUCUCCGCCGUGACAAACUGGUGUCUUUAAACGAUUCUUUGAGUUUAUUAUUAGGAACACAUAUAUACUGUUUAGACUUUUAAACGUUAUCAAAACAGAAAUAUUUAAUAUAUAUAUUUAAAAUUGGACCGAAAGAUUAAAACGGGUAGCAGCUAACUGCUAGCAGCUAACAUUAGCCACAUCCACUGCUGCGUCGGUUAGAGCUCUGUUGCCCUGGCAACGGAUAAGAAUAGCAUCAAGGAGGCCACGACCCGACUCUCCGAGCCUCAUUUAGCUGUUUUUACCAUUAUUAAUUUUUAAACAAAAGUCUCCGGGAUGGCUGAAGAGGGAAGACGCGGAGAGGAAGAGGACCGGGGCCCCGGAGCGGCUCACCGGGGGUUUGUGACGAUGGAGAACCUUCUGGAGAAGCUAAAGCUGCUCAACUACGAGGAGGAAGUUCUGGUGAAACACAACAUGAAGAGCCUGACCAGGCAUUAUUUCGUCUCCAGUCCGUACCUGGUGUCCAACCCCGGCGAGCAGUUCUACAUGUUCACCAUCAUCGCUGCCUGGCUCAUCAACGUGGCGGGGCGGCGGUUCACCGAGCCGCAGGAGUACGACGAGCCCAACGCCACCGUGUCCAACAUCCUGGCAGAACUCAGAGCCUUCGGCGUGAAGGUGGACUUCCCUCCCUCCAAGCUGAAGUCGGGCUCCGGUGAGUUCGUCUGCUUCGUGUUGGACCGUCUGGCUGAGGAGGCGCUGAAGAACAGAGGCUUCACCUUCAGACGGCCAAACUACCCUGCAGAAAACACAGAGGAAGAGUCGAUGAUGGACGACGACGCGGAGCUGACGCUCAGCAAGGUGGAGGAGGAGAUGAUUGAGGAAGCCGACGAUGAGGAGGAGAACGUGAUGGACCUGGAGGCGCUGAAGCUGCGUAACGCUCACGCUGAAGCAGAACCGAGCUCCAAGCCGGACGACAUCCUGGAGUCCACGGUGGAUGCCGCCGAAUGGAGGCUGGAGGUGGAGCGGGUUCUGCCGCAGCUCAAGGUCACCAUCAGGACCGACAACAAGGACUGGAGGAUCCAUCUGGACCAGAUGCAUCAGCACCGAGACGGAAUCAAGUCAUCACUCAAAGACACCAAGAGCUACCUGGACAAGCUGCAGGAGGACAUCGGGAAAACUCUGGAGAAGGUGAGCAGCAGAGAGAAAUACAUCAACAACCAGCUGGAGGCGCUGAUCCAGGAAUACCGCAACGCUCAGGCCCGGCUCAGUGAGGCGAAGGAACGCUACAGGCAGGCGAGUGUUGGAGUGAUGACGAGGACCAGAGUCCUGGCUGAGAUCAGUGAGGAGUUGGAGAAGGUGAAGCAGGAGAUGGAGGACAAAGGCAGCAGCAUGUCUGAUGGAGCUCCGGUGGUGAAGAUCAAGCAGAGCCUCACCAAGCUGAAGCAGGAAGUGGUGCAGAUGGAUGUGAGGAUCGGCGUGGUGGAGCACACGCUGCUGCAGGCCAAGCUCAAGGAGAAGUCCAACAUGACGCGGGACAUGCACGCCACCAACAUCCCUGAUUCUGCUGCCGGAACCUUCACCUAGCACCGCUGAGGUUCUGCUCCUCACAGCGGCACUGGGAGUCCCAAUAGCUCAUCUGUCAAAUACGUGUUUUAUUGCAUAAAUACAAAUAUUUAUUGAAUUGUUUUAUAUAUUUGAUACUUUUCUUGUUUAAAUAAACUGAAACAUCUUUUUCUAAA